UCGCCGUUGGAAGAACCCCCCGAAACAAAGAAGGAAAGAAAGAAGCAGUUACUUGGUAAUCAAUUCUCUGUCUCCUCCCUUCUCUGUUUCUCUUCUUCUUCUUCGUCUUCCCCUUGCUGUCAUGGCGAGUUUAGCACCUGGCAUCCUCCUGAAACUCCUGAAUGCCAUGAACACGGGCACGAAGGCCACAGGUGAGCACAGAUCGGCUCUUUUGCAGGUGACUGACAUCGUUCCCGCUGAUCUCGACGAGAAGAACCUGUGGCCCAAGCAUGGAUUCUACAUAAAGGUCUCCGAUUCCUCCCACUCCAUAUACGUAACUCUUCCUCUUGACCAAGACGACCUCGUCCUCAGCAACAAAAUUCAGCUGGGGCAGUUCAUCCAUAUUGAUAGAUUGGAGCCCGGGUCGCCUGUUCCUCUUCUCAAAGGUGCGAAACCCAUUCCUGGGAGGCACCCUCUGCUUGGAACUCCUGAACCGAUAAUGGGUCUCAGAGAAAAGGGGGAGAGAUCGGUUGAUGCCAGGUGCAAGAAGCUCGGCGGCGGGCCGAUCCACCGACGAGGUUCGUGGAGUCAGGACGGUGAACCGACGGGCUGCAGUGGCGUAAGGCCCAUACGUCUGGAGCUUGAACUGGCCACGCCCGUUAAGGGUGGUAGCCAUCCAGCUUCGCCUUUGACCAGAAUGAAGAUGGAGAACUCGGGGAUACCUGCGAACAGGGUAUCUGUUUGCGGCUCUCUGUUCGACAACAUUGGGGAUUCGAAGCGAGAGAGCCCAAUUUCGGUUCGCAAAAGUUGCGCGGCGCUCCAUUCCUCUGCUACCAAAGUUCAGAGAAGUAGGAGCGUCACAGAGAGGCAGCCAAGAAUACCUAAAUCUCCCCUCAACUGUGAAGCUAAGUCGUCAUCAACGGUGUCAAGAGCAUCGACUUUGAGUUCUCCUUGUGAUGCACAAAAGUUCAGCUCCAGCACCAUUCUUCCUCCACCGCAAUCCAAAUCUGGCAGCAGCUUGGGUUCAAAGAACACUAACAGCCAACUGAUAUCAUUACCAGGGAAACUUUCUUCACUUGGGAAGGAGGCAAUACAGCAGAGAGAAGCAGCCCAAAGAGUUGCACUUCAAGCUCUGAGAGAUGCAUCUGCAACUGAGACUGUCGUACGGGUCCUCAAGAUGCUUUCUGAGUUAUGUUCGUCAGCUAGACUUGAUGACCCAACUGACACUUUUGAUCAGUUUCUAAAUUUAUAUCGACAAAUUACACAAGCAGUGGUUGAUAUGGAAUCUAUUCUCGCGGCCACUUCGACGUCCAGCCAGUUAAAAGAUCAGGAGUCCUCUAUUCUCAAUGAAAUAGAGCAAAAUUCUUCUGACCAUUGUGCGGUGGUUAAAAGAAGCACUCAUUCGUCAAAAAAGUCAUUAGUAUCUCAAUCCGUUUCAGUUGCUCCCCAGAGACCUGGCAAUGAAGGAAAAAGUUUGAAGUCCUUUUUGAGUCUGAAAGUGACAGAAUCCAAAAAUCAAGCUCCAUUAGAGAGUGAGGGUAAGAUGAGGCCUACUUGCUUGUCUAACCUUAUUAAACUGGGAAAGCAAAUAGAAAUAGAGGCUGGAAAUUGGUUCAUGGAGUUCUUGGAGAAGGGUCUGGAAACAGGUACGAGAAGAUCGAGGGGCCCCAUAUCAAGUGAAGGAAGAAAAUACAGCUUCUGCCCACAGUCUCUUAUACUUAAAAUCAUAAACUGGGUGGAGGUGGAGCAGUCUGAUUCCAGCAAAAGACCUGUGCAUCCUAAAGCUUCAGUGAUUGCAAGAAAGUUGAGAAUCAAGGCCAAAAACCCAUGAUCAGCAUCUGUCAUUGGUUCUAACAUCAGUAUCUUAUUGGUUUCCUCAACUCAUGUUUCCUUUGUUCAGCCAUUAUUUCAUGGUGUUGUAGAAAUAGAAUCAUUAUUUUGUAUCAAUAUCAAAAGUAUCUUUCUCCUUCA